AUGCUCUUGCAUUUCUACUUCUCAUUUCCUCCAUUUUAUCCCAGCUACGCCAUGUAUUAUGAGAAUAUAAUCAAAAAUCAGCACUGUCUGUUGUACUCAAAGGAGCGUGAAAUUGAAGACCUGAGGGAGCAGCUGAAGCAGAAGGAUAUCGAAUCUGAUGUAACUGUUCACUUUCAGAUGUCAGAACAGGCGCACAAUUUGCUCUUGGGUGAGUCUGCUGGUGUAGUCCGUCGAAUUUAUUUUAUUUUAUUUUCAACGAAAAAUAAUUAUAUUCCUAUAGGCUAA